GUCAGAACUAAUCCAGAGUGAAUGAAAGUUAGAGAAAAAACAGUGAAAAUUUUCGUAUAUUUUUGCAAAGUUUUUGGAAAGCCCCGGCGUGGUAACGCUUAUUUGGAACCAGAACGAAAGUCAAUGCAUCUUUGCCAAUGCAUAGAAAUUGAAAAUUAAAGAAAAUUGUUGCAUUCCACUAAAUAUAUCACUCUACGACUUGGAGUCGUAGAGUUGCUGGAACAGAAGACGACGCCUGUUUGCAGAAGAAGCAGAAUUGGGUAGUUUCAACGGAUUACCGCAAAUCCAACAGUGGCAAUUAGGAAGACAUCCUUCUAUUAUGGAUCACAAGAAGUCGCCGGUGAGAAGAAAGCGACAAUCAAAAGCCAUUGAAGAAAAUUUCUGGGACUGUUCUGUAUGCACGUACAGGAACUCGGCCGAGGCAUUUAAAUGUCGUAUGUGUGACGUACGCAAAGUGGCAUUGGACCGUUUUCCAGGUACCUCGACACGCAAACCUCGCCUUAAUUCUGCACUCGUUGCCCAACAAGCUGCCACUUUACCCGGUGCAUCUGGAACCAUGCCCAACGGCAACAAGUCCGCCUCGGGAUCCCGUCACAGUAGCUCCGGCCACGACAAACACAAACAUAAAAAGUAUCCAGCCCGAUUAAAAAACGUCGAUCGCUCUACGGCCCAAACGAGAGAGGUCACAGUCAAUUCGGUCACCGUCUUCAUCACCGAGUACAAACCGAAACCCAUGGGCAGCAGACGGGAGUCCAGCGAACAAAGUUUCAGCGAAAGCAACGAUUCAAGAAGUUAAGCCAACAGCAGCUCCUGGACUAUGUACUCCCUUGCAAAAACACUCCCACACUCCCCACUAAGGUUACGGCAAGUUGCACACUCACACUCCCAGUCUCCACACUCCCACACACACACACACACAGCCACAUUUACCUGCAUCAUCAACUACCGAAGGCCGAAGGUAAGGUACUCAAGCGGGCACUGAGCGUAUGUCAAUAGUUUUAGUUCGUUUUAAAUCGUCUUCUUUAGAAAAGUUUUAUUGUAAUCUUAAAGGUCUAAGCAACUAAUAUACGAUAACUGCCUACUUAGAACAACCGUUGGCCGCCACCUACAUGCAUACAUCAGAAGACCCGUUGAAAUACCAACAGUCAGAGGUUGAUUGAUCGUUUCCGUGUGACCUGGGCUUGGCAUUCCUUCAAAAAAUGUACACAAAUCUUGUAAUUAUUUAAAAAUUGUCGAAAGCCUAGGACUAGGUACUCUAAUGGCAGCCGGUUGUAAGUACCAGAGAGUACAUUGUAUAGAGAAUGGGGAUUUUACUGUGGAAGAGCUGCAAAAAAAAAAAUGAUUUUUAAGGAGUGUUUUUUUUCUGUCGAGUUUUCUUGUAUUUUUGUUUUUUUACUAUAACCGAUCUUGCCACAUUGUGGAGCGGAGAGUGUCUCCUUCUAAGCUCUUCCAACAGUAUGGCAUGUACGUAUGUAGGGAGGAGGGCUAUGAAGCCAAGUUCACUUUUGAGUUGUGUUAAAUAAAACUAAAAAGUAAAAACCCUAGACAUUUUUGUUAUUUCUAAAACAACAAAUAUCAUGUAAAUUUCUUUUAAAUUGUUGUAAAUAACCAUAAAUUUAGUGUAAAAUUUACGAAUAAUUUAUUUAAUCGAAUUAGAAAGGAACGAAGAGAAAGGAAAACCCAAGCAAGCUGACAAACAAACCCAGAGUGUCAAACAUUAACCGCAAUGAUUUGUGUCAUCGCUUUUUGUUUUUUGUUUUAUCCUGACUACAACUUAAGUUUGUGCCGUGUUUUAGAGCUGGUGCUUCUUCCAAAUCUGCGCACUCCACACCAAACCACUCCAAUAGACAAGACACACGUACACACACCCACAAACAGGAAAUUUGUUUAAAUAGCAAAUGUUAUAAAAAAAAACAAAAGAAAAAAAAUAUACCACAAAGACUGAUGAAUUCGCAAAAGAUCAUUUACAGCAAAAAAAAAGAAA